AUGGCCGCCGAGAUAAACAAAUGUCUACAAGUUCUCAUCAUAAUCACGCAUGUGUACCUGAUGGUAAGUUGGUGCGUGUGUGUGCGUAUUUUGAAAGGAAUGUAAAUAAGUCACUUGUGUCGGGCAUGCCAGUGUCUCCGCCAGCACUCAGCACCCAUGUCAUUGCCUUUUCUUGCAACUUUAGAGUCUGUCCGCUUUUCUUGUAUUCAUCGGUGGUUACCUAAGAACCGACGUCACAGCCCCAUUCCUGGCACGCAUUCUGGCAGCCUUUAUUCCAAGUAGACAUGAACUCAGCAUGGAACUUACUACGAGCCUCAUCGUGAAGGCUGCCCGUAAGUGGAUGAAUUCGCUCGCAGUUUGCAAGCAAUAUCCCAUUUGUGAGCAAAAAUAACUCUCCUAAUUCAUUGCAGCCGCCCUAAUCGCCAUUGGUGUUGUCCUUUCGAUCGUCUGUCUUGCUGGACUCAUCCUUGCUUGCAAGGGAUCGAGGAAAAAGUUGCGAAUAGUAAGUAGUUUUCUUAAAAGCAGUCGAGAUGUAGGGAAUCGUGGCCCCUCAUGCAGAGUAGUAAAACUUGUGUUUCUUUCACUUUUUCCUCUUCCAAGUACGCCAUUCUGCUUGGAGUUCUGGUCGCUGCACAGAUUGUGGCCAUCGCUUAUGUACUGGGACACCCUACCUUGGUGAGUGUAUAAACCGACUCUGUUCCCCGACAGGAGACGACUGACUACAUUGAGCUAUUUUUUUCGUGCAGAAUUAUGCAGAGAAACCUGCCCUUUUUGCCCUUUGAACAGAUUUCGAAAUCUGCUGUCUCCUAUAUGGAGGAACGUCUACCGCUGUAUAAUAAGGACGGUGAUAAAGAGAGCCAGGCGGCUGUCCGAAUCUGGGACGAGGUGAUGACGGUAAGUGACAUUCAGUGUGUGUUUCAUCUUUGCCUGUUUCUGUGCAUCGAAUUUCUCCUCAUGCUCUGCCAUAUGUACUUUUAUCUCGUUUUGAUAUGUAAGCUGGGUAUUUGCCGAGCUGACCAUAUGCAUACAUCUCACUGUGAAAUUUUAAAGUACUAAAAGAGAACUUUUAAAAGUGCCUCUGACAGGAAAAGGGAUUUAUGGACACUGUAGGGCAUGUGGUCCUGUGAUCAAUUUGGAAGACCAGGAAGGCUAUCUGCCUCGUCCGUUAUCACUAUGAAUAUUCGUUAUACUAAUGACUUUCCAAAGGAGGUAUUGAAAGGACUUGAUUUGCACUUUGAAUAAAUUUCCGGAAGAUUUGAAUGUUUAGCUAAAUCUAUCCUUAUCACUUGUUAACAGGAUCACCAUGUGAGUAGGCUGCAUGAUUAAUAUUCACUGAAUAACUCACCACUAGAGCUUUGUGGUUUGCGAUACCGACAGUAGCCGGGUUAGUUAUUUAAUCGGCGCUCCUCACGAACGUCAACCCUCCACUUAAACAAUCCUUUCUACGUUACUGAGAACGAGGGUUAAUGUAUCUUUCUUGAAUUGACCCUUAUGACACUUAGGCAGGUGAGUUGCCACCAGUCCUCAUGGAAGCCUGGCACAUUCUGCGGAUUGCGCGCCGUGUGCUAUAGGCCUAGCUCAAUCAGCCACUGCAUCCGAGCCCACCUCCGGUCGUCUAGACCCUGUUUUGCCAUAGAAAUCCGAUGCGUGAUGGUCUGAGACAUGCGCUGCGCAAGUCCACUACACUAAAAAAAUCAAUUCACGCUCUGCGGAGGAGCACACGGUGAAAGUCGUCGCUCGUGUCGACUGAACUGUCACUUGUCACACCGUAACUUAUCUUUCAGAUUUCAGUACGUAACUCCCCACUUUUGGCACUUGUUGGCAAUCCCUUUGACAGUUGUUCACCAGUUCUAGCUAACUUCGCAGAAUACUGGGUAUACACUAAGCGGCGUAACUCACGAAACACCGACUGGAUUUUUAAAAUGAGCAUUUGGGUCUGGUUCAGUCCCGAGAUAUUUAAGUCACGCCAGAAUGGCGGCUUUUGAAUGUGCGUAUUUUCAACCACCUGGAAAACCUCACUCUUUAAAAAUGACUAUUUAAUUAGUAGCGAUAACUGAUAGUAGAGACAAAAUCAUCCACUUCAAAUUGUCGUCAUCUUCAGUUAAAUAAAAUAGUCUUGUUUCCCUGGAGGUGAAUCCAAGCAGAUAAGAGAAGGCAUGAUCAUAAGUUACCGUUAGUAGACAAAUCAGUACCUGACGUUUAAUUGUAAUUACGCGUAGGAACAGUGUUAGAAUGUUAACGAAGAAGGAAGUACGGAGACCGGAAUGCUCACGCCUGGUUCAUUUGUCGUCGUCUGACUUGAGAUUCUACCUUGGGUCAGUUGAUGAUGAAGCACCGUUUUAUUCACGAUUCCACGUUUCGCAGAGGGGAGGCGAUAGCGACGAAGCAGGCAGAAAGAGCCAUUCUAGUCUUUCGUGUCGUCCAUGGGAACACUCCCACGCACUGAUUGCUUAUGGCUACGCGACCGCAUUUGAAAGUUCUGGACGGGGCAUUCAACUCUGUACGGAAUUGUUCGCGCGCCAUGUAAACAAAGUCUCCUUGCCUGCCAGGUUUGUGACUCACUAAUUUUUCAUUUUUUAAAUCCUAGGUUUCGCAAGAUUACUGCUGUGGACUGAAGGGCUACGCUGACUUUCCAGGUAGGAAGUGAACUCGGUGCAGUAAUGUCUGAGACUCGGUUGUCAGACGUGCUUACCGUUUUCUCUCUUUUCUUGUACAGACCCGGCCAACCUUCCAGUGGCUUGCUGUUCAGUGAAGGACAAAAAACCCGCCAAGUUGUGUAAUGCCGCAAUAGCGCAGGCCAUGUCACCUCCGGUCGUUGGUUGUGAGGAAAAAAUCGUCAAUUUCAUCAACAUGAGCAAGCCCAGUUUCGCGACUUUUCCAAUCAUGUUGAUUAUUCCACAGGUACGAUUCCAGUGCUGCUUUGUUGAGAAGGAGGAAAACUGUUAAGGCAUUGCUGGGAGUGUAUGAUAUGCACCGAAUUCCCAGAAGUAAUUGGAGUUCAUUAUUGGCUCAUCUUUUUCUCAAUAGCGGCCAUUGCUCCCCGUAAAUUAAAAUAGGUAUUUCGACUAUGGCGAGCGAAUUCCUACACGGUCCCUUAAACGCUGCUAUCGCGCUCACGUAUACAGCCGCUAAGAUAAGAUUGGUUUUCACCGGCACUCCCCCUCUUUGCCUUGAACGUAAGGAUAGACUGGCUUUUUAGACCUCUUCAAUAUGCACCUACACCUUCACUUGCUCCUCUGGGUCGGGUUAUAUUGGUCGGACAACUAGGCGUCUAUCUAUGCGGAUGUGAGAGCACCAUCCUGCGUGGUUAAAUCAAGAUGGAGAGAGGUCCAUAUCUAGCGCAAUUGUGGCUCACUUGACUGACAGCAGCCACCGAGUAGACGUCAACUAAGUAUUCCAGAGUGUCGGCGAGACGAUCCAAGUUCAUGCAUCAGCGAAUGCUUGCAACGGUAGAGGCAGUGGCCAUACGUCUAGCCAACCCAGCCUAGUGCUCGCAUAAAACGUUUGUACAGACUCUAAGACUCCCCUGGUCAAAGACAAAACCAGCAUAUAUGUUCACAUCCGCCACGUCGCGAUGAAGUGGGGGCAGCUAAUCGCCAGACACCUUCUUCCCUCCCCCCUUUGCCAUCCUUGAGCCCCAGAAAGAAGUAGAAUCUGAUCAGUGAUCUCUGAACACCCCACUCCCAUUUUGACUUUUAUGGCAUGUUUGACUUUUGCUGUUCUACGCCCCUCCCCUCAUAUUACUGAUUAUGACGGAGCAUUACGUCAAAUAUAGCCAAUCAAUUUGACUUUUGCCGCUUCCAGAAUUGUUUAAACUGAAAUGAAUCCGAGAAGACUUCACACAGCUGAAUGAUGACACCUUUUCUCUCUUUCAGGUGUUUCUGUUUGCCUUCGUUAUUGCCGCAAUACGUCUGUAG